UCCUCCUCCUCCUCCUCCUUCACAUUAUCCCCAAAAACCCCCCAAAUCCGAGCCCCUAUCUUCUUCCUCCUCCGUCCCUCUCUCUCUCCUCCCACUUUCUCUCUCUAAAGACUUAGUCUUUCCAUGGCAAUCUCCACACUAGCAGCUACAGCUGCAACCUCAGCUUCCUCAAAGCUCACAUACCCAUAUGCCUCCCCAGCCUCCCCUUCCCCCACAACCCCUUCUUUCUCCAUUAGACCUUCUUCCAAGCUAACCCACCUCUCCUCCUCCUUCCUAAACCCCUCCACCAUCCUCCACCUCACACCCUCCACCGCCACCCCCCACCACCACCACCAACGCCGCAACUUCACAGUCAAAGCCGCCAGAGGCAAGUUCGAGCGCAAAAAGCCCCAUGUCAACAUCGGCACAAUCGGCCACGUCGACCACGGCAAAACCACCCUCACCGCCGCACUCACCAUGGCCUUGGCCUCCAUCGGCAACAGCGUCUCCAAGAAGUACGACGAAAUCGACGCCGCCCCGGAAGAGCGCGCCCGUGGAAUCACCAUCAACACCGCCACCGUCGAGUACGAGACCGAGAACCGCCACUACGCCCACGUCGACUGCCCCGGCCACGCCGAUUACGUCAAGAACAUGAUUACCGGCGCUGCCCAGAUGGACGGUGCCAUUCUCGUCGUCUCCGGCGCCGACGGCCCAAUGCCGCAGACCAAAGAACACAUCUUGCUGGCGAAGCAGGUGGGUGUGCCGAACAUGGUGGUGUUCUUGAACAAGCAGGACCAGGUGGACGACGAGGAGCUCCUGCAGCUCGUCGAAUUGGAGGUGAGAGAGUUGCUUUCUUCCUAUGAAUUUCCUGGUGAUGAUGUGCCUAUUAUUUCUGGAUCUGCAUUGCUUGCACUAGAAGCUCUAAUGGCGAAUCCCACCAUUUCGCGAGGCGAAAAUCAAUGGGUUGAUAAGAUUUAUGAACUUAUGGACGCUGUUGAUGAUUACAUUCCGAUUCCUCAGCGGCAGACUGAGCUGCCGUUUCUGAUGGCAAUCGAAGACGUGUUUUCAAUCACUGGCCGUGGCACUGUCGCCACUGGCCGUGUCGAGAGAGGGAAAGUUAAGGUCGGAGACACUGUCGACAUUGUUGGCUUGAAGGAUACUAGGAACACAACUGUCACCGGUGUCGAAAUGUUUCAGAAAAUUCUUGAUGAUGCCAUGGCUGGUGACAAUGUGGGGUUGUUGCUUAGGGGUAUUCAGAAGAUUGACAUCCAGAGAGGGAUGGUUUUGGCCAAACCCGGGACUAUUACCCCGCAUACCAAAUUCGAGGCCAUUGUGUAUGUGUUGAAGAAGGAAGAGGGGGGGAGGCAUUCGCCAUUCUUUUCGGGUUACAGGCCACAGUUUUACAUGAGGACUACUGAUGUCACCGGGAAGGUGACUUCGAUUAUGAACGACAAGGAUGAGGAGUCGAAGAUGGUGAUGCCUGGCGAUCGCGUUAAGAUUGUUGUCGAGCUGAUUGUUCCGGUGGCGUGUGAGCAGGGGAUGAGGUUUGCUAUCAGAGAAGGAGGGAAGACUGUUGGAGCUGGUGUUAUUCAAUCCAUUAUCGAGUGAUAGAAAAUAGAAAUUAUGUGGUGGUCUCAACUUGUUUUUGCAAUUUGGUGUCAAACUUGAACUCUCUUAGCUUCAAUUUUAUCUAGCUUUUGACAUUUUGAAGCAAUUUCCACAACCAAAUGUUAUAUAUUUUGUAGGUUUCAUCA